CCACUAACUGGUACUUGUAUCAUCAUAACAAUUAAAAUGGAGACGGCAGCUGGAGUUGUAUCGAAACUCACCAAGCUACAGGGCAUCUUGAAACUGUUGACGUAUCUACAGCUGACUGUUUAUUUGUGGCCACCAGAAGCUACUGUAAAAGAUGGAGCGUACGCUGAUUUCGUAAUAAUUGGCGGUGGGACUGCUGGCAGCAUAAUUGCAAGUUCUCUACUGAAAUACAAACACGUAAGCGUGAUAGUUGUUGAAGCUGGUGGUAUGGGCGAAUUUGAAACCCAGCAAGCUGGAUUAUUUCCAUUGACUAAGAAUACAGAGUAUGAUUGGCAAUUUAAAACUGUAGAAAACCGAGUAAUACAACAAGGCAAAGUACUGGGUGGAUCCUCUCAAGUGAAUUACAUGAUCUAUGGUAAUGGAUACCCAGUAGACUACGAUGAAUGGGCAUCUAUAACAAACGACAGUACCUGGUCUUUCAAAAAUAUCUUGCGUCUCACCAAGAAAGCUGAAAAAGUCACAGACAAAACCAUUCUUAAUUCACCUGAUGUGGCCUACCACGGCACAGAAGGCAAGAUACGACUUAAAAGAUACCAUUCUGGUCAAAGUGAUGCGGCUUUAAACGCUUAUAGAGAAAUGGGUUACAAUGUUCCAAACGAUAUCAACCCAAGUCACGAGUUUGGUUUUUCUAACGCUUACCUUGCUAUUGGACAGGGUAAUAGACAGAGUACUGCCUAUUCGUUUUUCAGUUCUGAGAGGGAUAACCCAAAUUUAAAAGUGUCGUACCACUCCGUAGCUACCAAGAUUAUUUUCGAUGAAAACAAACGCGCUAUUGCAGUGAGAGUUCGUACAAAGGAUAAGAAAUAUAUAACUAUAAAUGUAAAAAAGGAGGUAAUCGUUACUGCUGGUACUUUUAAAUCUCCCCAAGUGCUUAUGCUUUCUGGCAUCGGACCGAAACAGCAUUUGGAGAGCAAAAACAUCAAAGUGGUUUCAGAUUUACCUGUAGGCCAAAACUUGCAAGACCAUCCCACAGCUGUUAUGGUAUACAAGAUGGGUCCAGUACAACCUGCGCCCCCACCAAAUCCUCACGAAUUUCCAGUGGAAUUGAUCGCAGGUCGCGUGGCAAAGGAUAAAUGCCAAAAACGUGCAAACUAUAUAAUCCAUAGUGGAGUUAUCGUCUCUCCCUUGUUUUUUUUCACACUUUGUAGCUAUGUUUUCAAUCUUAGAAAUGAAGUUUGUGAUCGCAUAAACAAGGAACUCUCUGGCAGACAGAUAUUUUUACUUACUAAUGGUCUUUUGUAUCCUGAAUCACGGGGUGAAGUUAUUCUUAAUAGCACUGAUCCUGAAGAGAAGCCGAUUAUCAAACUUGGAUUAUAUUCUCAUCAUCGAGAUAUUGAACGCCAUGCCGAAUAUGUAGAACAUUACUAUGAGAAAGUAAAGGCUCAUUAUAAUAAAAGCAAUGGCUAUGAAUUUGUUGAUCCGGGACUAGAGAUGUGCAAGGGGCUGAAAAACGGGACACAUAAUUAUUGGAAAUGUUAUGUUCGGGGGAUGUCAACAACUUUGCACAACUACGUUGGUACUUGUGCCAUGGGAUCCGUGGUGGAUUCAAAGCUUCGAGUGAUAGGCGUUAAGGGUGUCAGGGUAGCUGAUGCCAGUGUAAUGCCUAAAAUAGUCGGAGCUAAUGUUGAAGCAUCAGUCAACAUCAUCGCUGAGAAGCUUGUUGAUAUUCUGAUUGAAAAAUAUAAACCUUCUGCUUAUUAAAUAAAAAGAAAUUCAAUUGGAAGAUUACAA